AUGAGUACAUGCAUGGUUGGAAUUCAAGAUCCAUACUUGAGUAAUCUUGCUGAAGGGUCUCACAAACUCCGAAUUCGAGGAAAUGAUAGUUGGGUUAGGGGCACGCCGCGUGCGGGAACUUUUUCAAGAAGCACGCAGUUAUCCGCUUCACCCAUCUUUUGUCUCAUUUAUCCUUGUGGUAAAAUGACACAUGUACAAGAGCUUCCUGAAAUUCAGCAACAAUUUGUGAAGUCUGAAGAUGGGAAUCAGAAAUUGAAGUUUGAUCAACACAUAUUAGAUUCUAUCAAAAAGUAUCAAAUAGGCCUGGCAACUUUUGGAGUAAAUGAGGAAGUAUUUCCAUGUCUUGCUUCCCCUCAUGUAACAACCAAUAAUGCAGAACUUAAAAAUCUUGUUGAAUUAAUACAAGAACUCCUUGUGUCAUGUAUCAUGGCCUGA